AUCAACAAAAAUAUUAAUAAUUUGCCACGGUCAACAAGUUAACAAAUCCUCCUGUGUCUGUGGCAUCUGAACAUCUGAACUCCACCAGGGACUGCUACAAAUUUGAUACUUCUUUACUGAGAAAAUCCAAAAGAUUAGAGGAGCAGUCUGUACAUCCAUAUCAAGUUCAGGAAAAAAGUUGUCUCAAACUCGAACUGAUGUUGACAAAAUGUCCCAAUGCUACCAAAUAAACUACAACAGCUUAAAAUAAAUCCUACACAACUUACUUCCUACUCCUGCUGCCUCGAUGUUUUACCCACAGCUUUUUAAAAUAAAGUUUUAAGAAAUCUGAUUUGACUCAGAUAAUAAACGUAUCUUCUAUAUUCAGACAUGGGCUCCUUCAAUAGACCAGUUCAUUGUUAUUGUUUUGAUCCGGGAUUUUCGCGCGCCGGACUGGUUGGCAAAAGACGAACAGAAUGGCGGACGCAAGCAACGGACACGAGGAGUUCUCGCCGUAUUUUUCAUCUUUAGAUAACGUAUCGCAAGAUCGUUAUAAGAUUGAAGCAGUGGGCAGAUUCGGCCUCAACCAGGAAUCGAAGACAAGCGUUGCCUGCGCCUGGAACAAGUCUUACCGGAAAAAGGUCACAGCGCAGCAAAUUGUGGACCAAUUUGCUGCGCUGUGGACCAACCCCAAAUAUGGCAGGACCGCCAAGUGGAAGGUCAACAAGCAGAGACGCGUAGAAGUGGCCGGUCUGGACGAGUCUGAACAACAGAGGGCCCUUGAAGCUCUUCGAAGAAUCUAUCCCACUGCUGGAUGUCUUAUGAAAGCGGAGUCGGACACGGACAGCGCCUCAGAAGAUGAAGACCUGCCACCGUUACUGAGUCGCUUCCGUGACACCGAGACAAAGGACUGUUCGGCAGAUGAUCUUCAAACCCGAUGUGCUGACUUUCUGAAAGACUUCAUAGUAAGUCAGCACCAGUGCGACAACCUGGAGAAAAUGACAAGGACACAGAGCCAGAGUUUACUGUGGCAGCGUCAUCGUGAGGGAAGAAUAACGGCCACAAUAGCACACGACAUCAGUACGUUGCAGGACACAACAUCACGAGAAACAUUGUUUAAUCGGGUGAUGAACCGCUCACAUAUUGACUUGUCGAGCGUUGAAGCAGUGGCGUUUGGCCGGAAAUAUGAAGACCAAGCCAAGCAGCUGUACAGCGAGUGGAUGAAAGACAGGCAUGAACAGUUUAGUUUGCAUGAAACGGGCCUGGUUGUUGACCAACAGUUUCCCUUGUUUGCUGCCACUCCCGAUGGCAUUCGCUCAUGUGUAUGUCAUGGCGAUGGACUCGUUGAAAUAAAAUGUUCUUUCAAACAUAAGGAUCUGUGUGUGAAAGACAUUCCCAAGGUUGACAAAACAUUUUAUUUAGAAAAAGACUCACUUGUGUUAAAACAGAGCCACCGCCACUACACCCAAGUUCAAUUUCAGAUGUAUGUUUGUAAAAAACUGUUCUGUGACUUUGUUGUGUUUACACACAGAGGUGUUCAUGUGCAAACAAUAAAAUAUGAUCACGCUUUUUUACAGGAACUGGUUUCAAAAUGUAUGUUUUUUGCAGUAGAUGAACUUGUGCCAGUCAUCAUCCAGCAGAAGUUUACAAGUUGAGAUUUAGUUGAUUCUAUGUUGUUGGA